AUGCCCGACCACAAGACCAUCCACGCCGCGGAGGAGAUCGCCAGAUGGCCAGUUUCCGACAUGGUUCACCACGAGCUGCUCUGGCCUGAAAUGCACACAUUUCGCCUGGCCGGCGUUGUGACACAGGAGCAGUCGGUUGUUUUGCAUCAGUUGGGGAUAGAACGCGUGGUCGCCUCUCGAAGAACGCUGUUCCUGCAUCCUUUUGACGUUGGCCUGGUAAAAUAG